AUGUUCAGAAACGCUCUUAAGCAGUCCAGCAGGACGGUGGGCGCAAUUUCUGCUUCCGGUAGAAUUGCACGAUCAGUUCGAAGCUACGCAUCUGAUGCUAAGGCAUCCCCCACCGAAGUCUCUUCUAUUCUUGAGCAAAGAAUUAGAGGUGUUCAAGAGGAGUCCGGUCUCGCCGAGACUGGACGUGUUUUGUCCGUUGGUGAUGGUAUCGCUCGUGUGCAUGGUAUGAGCAAUGUCCAAGCCGAGGAACUUGUCGAGUUCGCAUCCGGUGUCAAGGGCAUGUGCAUGAACUUGGAAGCUGGCCAAGUCGGUGUUGUGCUUUUCGGUUCUGAUCGUUUGGUCAAGGAGGGCGAGACCGUCAAGCGUACCGGAGAGAUUGUCGAUGUUCCCGUCGGAAUGGAGAUGCUCGGCCGUGUCAUUGAUGCUCUCGGAAACCCAAUCGAUGGCAAGGGACCUAUCAAGACUACCGAGAAGCGCCGUGCGCAACUCAAGGCUCCUGGUAUUCUCCCACGUCAAUCCGUCAACCAGCCAGUCCAAACCGGUCUUAAGUCCGUCGACGCAAUGGUACCCAUUGGACGUGGUCAACGUGAGUUGAUCAUUGGUGAUCGUCAAACUGGAAAGACUGCUGUUGCUCUCGAUGCCAUGCUUAACCAAAAGCGUUGGAACGAUGGAAACGAUGAGACCAAGAAGCUCUACUGUGUCUAUGUCGCCGUCGGACAAAAGAGAUCCACCGUUGCCCAAUUGGUCAAGACCCUCGAGGAGAACGACGCCAUGAAGUACUCCAUUGUUGUUGCAGCUACUGCUUCUGAGGCCGCUCCUCUUCAAUACAUCGCUCCUUUCACCGGUACAUCGAUUGGUGAAUACUUCAGAGAUAAUGGCAAGCAUGCUCUCAUCAUUUUCGACGAUCUUUCCAAGCAAGCUGUUGCAUAUCGUCAGAUGUCUCUUCUUCUUCGAAGACCUCCAGGACGUGAAGCCUACCCAGGCGACGUUUUCUAUUUACAUUCCCGUCUACUCGAGCGUGCCGCUAAGAUGAACGACAAACUUGGUGGUGGAUCCUUGACUGCUCUACCCAUCAUUGAAACUCAAGGUGGUGAUGUAUCAGCUUAUAUCCCAACUAACGUUAUUUCUAUCACUGAUGGACAAAUUUUCUUGGAGGCCGAACUUUUCUACAAGGGUAUUCGUCCAGCCAUCAAUGUCGGUCUUUCUGUGUCCCGUGUCGGAUCUGCUGCCCAACUUAAGGCAAUGAAGCAAGUCGCUGGUUCCUUGAAGCUUUUCUUGGCUCAAUACCGUGAAGUUGCUGCAUUCGCACAAUUCGGUUCCGAUUUGGAUGCUGCUACCAAGCAAACUCUUAACCGUGGUGAAAGAUUGACUGAGCUCCUCAAGCAAAAGCAAUACUCUCCUAUGGCCGUUAACGAAAUGGUUCCUCUUAUCUACGCUGGUGUCAAUGGUCAUCUUGACUCCGUCCCAGUCAACAAGAUUCUCCAAUGGGAGGCUGACUUCAUCUCACAUCUUAAGACCAACGAGUCAGACUUGUUGGCAACAAUUGAUAAGGAGGGUGCUCUCAGCAAGGACCUUGAGGCUAAGUUGAAGGACGUUGUCACCUCUUUCACCAAGAGCUUCGUCUAA